AUGCAAUUCUAUCUCGCCCAAAAUUGUAGCUUUACGUUUGGUAUUGGCAGAGAAAUUCUUGCAGCAGUCUCGGCACUGUCCAUACCUAUUACCUACCCUCCAGCAGCAAGAAAAUCGUGUUCGAGGAUUCGCGGGCAUUUGAGACCUUAUUUUGACGUCAACUACUGGGGUCCUUUGCCGGGAUGCCGAGUCUUAGGGUACAGACCCCUCGAACAGAUUUCAAACGCUGGAAUCAACCCUGCCAAGGGGACACCUUUCCUUCCUAGCCAUGUUCAGCUCAACUUGGGAUUUUUUGGGCUUCACCCAGAGUGGUCUAAUUUUACAGCGGGGUGGAUGAACAAUCAGUAUAAUAAACCCAUCCACGGGCCUACACGACCUCAGAGCAGCUCAGAUGGGAGGGAAAUUUGA